GCACUCCCCAGACCCGGGCUGCUUGUCGGCACAAGGAAGUCAACUCGAGCAACUGGGGGGGUGGGGGGGCAAGAAGAGUUGGUAAACUUUGAAAAGAGAAUAAUGUCGGAGUUCGACGCUAAUCCGUUCGCGGAUCCGGUGGAAAUAAAUCCCUUUCAGGACCCUUCAGUAACUCAGCAUACGAAUACAACUCAGCAAGGUAUUGAUGAUUUUAAUCCAUUCACGGAGAAUAGCAGGCUGACCCCUGUGGCAUCAGAUAUCAAAGUACCAGCUGGGCCGAAAACUACCCCUUCUCAACCAGCAAUCUUACAGCCUACAGUGGAACCUGCUCCUCAGGCCAAUGCCUCGGCUGCGCAGUUGGUACUGCUUCGACAGCAGGAAGAGUUAGAAAGAAAAGCUGCUGAACUAGACCGCAAGGAGCAAGAACUGAAGAAUGAAAAUUAUAAUGCAAAAAGAAGUAACUGGCCCCCUUUACCUUCAUUCUGUCCCAUUAAACCAUGUUUCUACCAGGACUUCGCAGCAGAGAUCCCAUCAGGCUUCCAGAGGACAGUAAAAAUGUUGUACUACUUGUGGAUGUUUCAUGCAGUCACACUCUUCUUGAAUCUUCUUGCUUGCUUGGCGGAGUUUAUUCGCGAUGCAACAUAUGGAGUCGACUUUGGCUUGGCAAUCUUGUGGUUUUUGCUCUUCACUCCUUGUGCCUUCCUGUGUUGGUAUAGGCCAGUUUACAAGGCUUUCAGGUCUGAUAGUUCGUUCAACUUCUUUUUCUUCUUCUUCAUCUUCUUCUGUCAAAUUGUUCUCUAUGUCAUUCAGGCAAUUGGCAUUCCUAACUGGGGUGUCAGUGGAUGGAUUGCAGCUUUAAGUUGGACACGCACCAACCUUGCUGUGGCAAUUAUCAUGAUGGUAGUAGCAACAUUUUUCACGUUGUGCGCAGUCUUGGCUUUGUUCCUUAUGCAAAGGGUACACGCGAUAUUCCGCAGGUCGGGGGCUAGCUUUCAGAGAGCACAGGAGGAAUUCUCGCAAGGGGUCUUCUCCAGUCCUGCCGUGCGAAGUGCUGCAGCUUCAGCCGCGUCAGCUGCUGCACAGAGCACCUUCCAAGGAAACUAAUCAUUGGGAAUUAUUUCUCAAACUUUCUCUUUGUACGUUCUUUAUAAAAGAUGCACUUUUAUUGGGCAAAAUGUGUACUUUGUGUGUCUAGCUGAUAAGGGGGUAAAGAUAUUUGGCUUCAAUCAGAGGGUUUCAAACUGAUGCAAUGACAAUAUCACUGUACGUCCUACGUUCAGGAACCAGCUGCUCAAUUGUUUGGGAUUAAAAAAAUACAUGUACAGAUUUAUGUAUUUUUUCAUAUUUUCUUGUCUAUGAAGAAUCAUUAACCAAUGUAUUGAUCAUUGGGGAGGUACAUUUACAGAAAAGAGUAAAUGUCAAACUAAUUUUAUCUUUUAAACUAUCUUCAUCAGGCACAUAGUAUUUUAUUCGUGUUUGCGAUAUUGCUCAACACUAUAAUAUUGCUUGCAAGCAAGGAGUGGUCAUCUGUUAUAUUCAGUAGCAUUACUUAUUAACUCUGUUAAUUAUGUGGGAAAUUACUGGGUGUGAUUGUUUUUUUUUGCAAUGGUUACCAGUCAUGGGGUUUUUGUCUUUUUAAAAACUGGUGUAAAAGUCAUACCAAUGAAACCUGCCAGCAUUGUAAUAAGAUUUAUCUUUAAAUGCUUCAAGAAGUUAGUUAAUGGUUGAUUCAGUGAUGUUUUAGGUUCAAAAGAUUUGGCUUUUUUUAAAAAAUAUUUAAAGAUGCCUACUUCAGGAAAUAAUCGGCAGGUCAAGCAGCACUGGAAAGAGAACAGCUACCACCAUUUCAAGCAUACAUCCACCCCACAGAAGGCAUAUAUUUUCAAAAACAAAAUUGCACAAGAAACAAGAAGGAAUAAACAGUGUGUGUACACAUUUUUUUCUGAUGCUUUGAUACCAUACCAUUCAGUUGAAACUCAUUCCCAUUCUGGCCAAGUAUAUAUCUGGCCUGUUUACAGAUGCUUACUUCACAAACCUGAGUAUUUGAAUUAUAGCUGUCUGAAUCUGAAGAAUAUCUUCCAUUUUUUUAAAUCAAUUUUUGUGAUUCUGAAUUUUGUGCAUAUUUAAAGGUGUGCUUUUAGGCAAUGGUGGUGUUAGUUGAGCAGUUUUUCUUGUCGUUUAUCGAAACAACCCUUGCUCAGAUGCCUUUGUUAGAAUCACUUCAAACUGUCCCUUUUAUUAAAAUGAAAUAUUUGUGUGGGGGUGGGGGGGGGCGCGGAAGAAGUACUUGAAUGAAGUUUUUGUCUUAAGGAGGUUAAUUGGCCGGAUUUGAUGUUUACUCUGAUUUAUAUAGUAACUAAAUUAGUCUUAAUUCAUUUGGAUCUUAAAUUCACCUCAUUUUAAAUACCUUAAUUUAAUCAUUCCAAUGUUAAUUUUUAUAAAUGGUGUUCUGUAACUGGGAACAGUACUACCAAAGUUCCUCUGUAUUUUGGGUUUUGGCUGGUUUUUGCAUAUGGUUACGCAGUCAAACAUUAAUAACCAGCCAUAUCAAUAAACAAUUUACAAAUUGGGAUGCUGUG